GAUUCACCACGCGGUUUCGAGUUGGGAACAAACCUCGCCCCUCCACCCGUUUCCCUUUCUCAGUGAGGACGGUUUGGGGGCGGGUGGGGAAAGCGCGUCCUCGAAGCGCUCUCGCGCUCCCCUUUUCCUCCGCGCGCGCGCGCCCCCAUCGCCUCUCCUCGACCCCAGAGGCCGCGAGGGUUGCGUGUGGAGACGGGACGCCUGGGGGUCGGGUCCCGACGCAGGUGUCAGAUCCGCUCGGCCAGGUUUGGCCGGCUGGCUGGCCCGGCCCUUCGCUCGGCCGGCCCUCGCAGCGCCGCCGCGCCUGGAGGGCGGGGCCGGGGCGCGCACGGGUUCUCGGCGCGCACGGGUCCUCGGCGCGCACGGGUCCUCGGCGCGCGGGCGGACGGCGCGCUUCGCCUAGGUCUGGGGGAGCGCGGGGCGGUCUCCGCCGGCGUCGCGCGCGCUGUGUGAGAGCGGGGUCGCGCGCGCGCACGCCAGGCGAGUGAGGGAGUGUGAGGGAGUGAGGAGCAGUCGGGUGUGCGUGGGUGUGGGUGUGGGGGGGGUGAGUGUGAGUGUGUGUGUAGGUGUGUGUGUGGGGGGGUGUGGGGUGAGGGAGAGCCAGACCGACCGCGCGGCUGUGAGAAAGGGGGCGAGUGGGCGAGGGCGCCGGGCCAGGCUGUGGGAGCCGUGGCGGCGGCGGCGGAGAAAGGAGGCGGCUCCCGGCCUCCCGACCCCAUCCCCCUCCUCUCCUCGGACUUACUGCCCGCCCGGCCGCCCGCCCGCGCCGCCCUCGGAGGCCCCAGCCGGGCGCCGCCGGCCGAGAGCCAGGGAGGAGUCGCCCCAGCCAGGUGCUGGAGUCUGCUUGUCAGGCAGGGAGGCAGUCUGUGUGAUCCUGAAAACAGAGCCAAGAAGGGGAGCAGCAAAUUGAGUCACAUUCAGCCCUCUACUCAGUGAAGAGCCGCUUUUCUCUUCCUGCCUUUCCCCCUGUAGGGGCUAGAAGGAGUCUGUAUUCAGGAGGAAGUAAUCCCAGAAAAGGAAGAACAGGCAGAGCAAGAUGUGUAGCUCUGUGGCCGCCAAGCUGUGGUUUUUGACAGAUCGUCGAAUCAGGGAAGACUAUCCCCAAAAAGAGAUCUUACGAGCAUUAAAGGCCAAAUGUUGUGAGGAGGAACUGGACUUUAGGGCUGUGCUGAUGGAUGAGGUGGUGCUAACAGUCGAGCAAGGAAACCUGGGUCUUCGUAUCAAUGGAGAACUAAUUACUGCCUACCCUCAGGUGGUGGUAGUGAGAGUACCAACCCCUUGGGUGCAAAGUGAUAGUGACAUCACUGUUUUGCGUCAUCUGGAGAAGAUGGGAUGCAGGUUGAUGAACCGACCUCAAGCCAUCCUGAACUGUGUUAAUAAGUUCUGGACGUUUCAAGAGUUGGCAGGUCAUGGUGUUCCUCUGCCAGAUACUUUCUCUUAUGGUGGUCAUGAAAAUUUUGCUAAAAUGAUUGAUGAAGCAGAAGUACUGGAGUUUCCAAUGGUAGUGAAGAAUACACGGGGUCAUAGAGGCAAAGCAGUUUUCUUGGCUCGCGAUAAGCACCAUUUGGCUGAUCUAAGCCAUCUUAUUCGCCAUGAAGCUCCAUACCUGUUUCAGAAGUAUGUUAAAGAGUCUCAUGGAAGGGAUGUACGUGUCAUUGUUGUGGGAGGCCGUGUGGUUGGCACCAUGUUACGCUGUUCAACGGAUGGGAGGAUGCAGAGCAACUGCUCACUAGGUGGUGUCGGGAUGAUGUGCUCAUUGAGUGAACAAGGGAAACAGCUAGCUAUCCAGGUGUCUAAUAUCCUGGGAAUGGAUGUGUGUGGCAUUGACCUGUUGACGAAAGACGACGGCUCCUUCUGUGUCUGCGAGGCCAAUGCAAAUGUAGGUUUCAUAGCCUUUGAUAAGGCUUGUAAUCUAGAUGUAGCUGGUAUCAUAGCGGACUAUGCCGCCUCCCUUCUGCCCUCUGGCCGGCUCACCCGGCGUAUGUCCCUGCUCUCCGUGGUGUCCACGGCCAGUGAGACUAGUGAGCCGGAGCUGGGUCCCCCAGCCAACACUGCUGUCGACAACAUGAGCGCAAGUUCCAGCUCUGUUGACAGCGACCCUGAAACCACGGAGCGAGAGCUGCUCACCAAGCUCCCGGGGGGCCUAUUCAACAUGAACCAACUGCUAGCCAAUGAAAUCAAACUCCUGGUGGAGUGAUUCCACCAGUAAAUAAUUAACCAACAAAACCCUUGUAAAACUUUCUUUUUCUUCUUUCCUUUUUUUCUUUCUUUCUUCUUUUUUUCUUUUUUUUUUAAACCAACUUGCAAUGCUGUUCAUGGAAAAUGCUCAGAGAGAUGAGAGAAAAUUGAGUAGGAUUAGUUAGGAAGGAAGAAUGGGGAGAUAGACGAGACCCUUGCUACUAAGAUGUUACUGACGUUGAUUUACAAAUCCUACAGAUAGAGAGGCAGAAGAGGUGAGAUACAGAAAAGUGUCAGGCUCUCGUAGUUUUACAUUACUCAGAGAAAUGUGUAGGCUCUCAGGCCAUGAAGAACAUAAUAUUUUCAUGGUCUCUUGCUUUUGUUUUUGUACGGUUGGUACAAAUUUCAGAGUAGUGUACUUAACAUUGUGUUGUAAUCCGUGAGGAAGACAUCUACCUAAAUUAUAAUUUUUUUAUACAAAUCUGAAAAUUCAGCCUAUACACUAUUAUCUAGGAGCUUUAUGUUCAUAGUUAUGAGAUCUUGAGGAGCUCUGUUAUUGACUUUUUCCCCCUUAAUUUGGGUGGGAGGGCAACGUGAAUGUGACCCAAUAAAGAUUUUUUUUAAUGAUAAAGUUGGCAUGUUUGCAUGAUAAAAGGGAAAUGAACAGUAUUGCAAUGUCUGGCACACAAAAUAACAUUUACUCCAUUGUAGAUAAAAUUGCACUAGUUAAAAAUAUGUGCAUUGACUUGUAUUUGUUAGUGUUUUAGCCUUUUUUGAAAGAUAUAUGCUCUGUUAAUGUUGCAUUUUUUUUUUAAAUACAUGCUAGUCUUAACAUUCCCUGAUCUAUGCCUGCAUCUUUAACAAUGGCCAAAGUGAAGAAAAUGCUACCUUUUUUGUUAACAAGACACUGACUUGAAACAUGUGCAUUUAAAGCCUUUUAUUUUUUUCCUUUUUUCUUUUGGUGGUUGGGCAUUUAAAGAAUAAGGACAAGGAAGAAUAUUUUUGGGGGGCAAAUCAAGGGUCUAUAAGUUCCUAAGUAUAAAGUUGAAGUGAUUUCUAAUACCAGCGUUAUAUAUCUGCAUUUUUCACAUUUUAGGAGGGUGUGUGUGUGCGCGUGCGUGUGUGUGCACGCACGUGCACGCUUGCAUGUUUAUGUGCUUUGCUUUUUGUUUACACCAACCAAUCAAAAAGGAAAGAUUCUAGAAAAUGGAGCAUGAUGGGAAACAGUUUUUUACUUUAAAAAAAAACAACUGAGUCGUUUUCAUAACAAUAAUCUACUGGUAGAGGUACUCACCUAAAGACAUGAGGAGAAUAGCUGCUGCUUAGGCUUUUGUGUAUAUGUAUGUUGUUUGCUUUUUUUCUUUGGUUCUAGACUGUUCAGUGUAUGAUUUAUUCCAGGCUACAUGCUUUUCCUCUGCUUCUUGCUGUGCAUUUUCUCCUAUUACACAUAGGUUUUGGGUUGGGGUGGACUGACCGUUUUUGUUUGGGGACUUAUUUAGCAGUAUUGAGUCUCUUAUAGCCCUACUCUGAAGCCUUCAAUAUUCUACUCUUUAUAUUACUUUAUUUCUGAAUUUAUAAAAGCCCCCAAACUGCAUAUAAUAUGAGCCUUUAAACAUGGGUAAAACUAUCCCAGUGAAUGGUUUGGAAGGCGUGUUAAGAAAUGGAGAUGCACCAGAGCUCAACGUAAUUUUUUUAAGCGGCAAGUUCCAUCUCCCUACAAUCCUCUGAAGCUUUUUACCCGAGUCGUUUCUUGCCUCUCCAGUGCUUUUUUCCUUCAGAUGGACAUUAAACAUAAUUUCUUGGACACUACUAGAGAGACUUCGAGGCAAUAAGAUCAGUAUUAACCAGCUCUAACAGAGGUUUGAUCAUGCUUACUUGUACAGUUUUUCCCCCAUUUUAAAAAAGGAAUGUAAUAAAACGUGUUUUUUCCAUAGAAUUAAAUAAUAUUAAAAUGGAGUGAAAGGUUGAUUGUUGACAAAUAGAAUAGUACCUCUGAUCUGUGCAGUGUCUCAUUUCACCUUAGAAAAAGAUACAUAAGAGGACUUUCUAAUUUAUUUUAGGAUAUUCUCAUCUCAUCUAAAAGAAUUUGACUUGUACAGGGUUAUUGUGCGACAUAUCGUGGAGUAUAUAAGUACCUCUGGCUCACUUGGUACUUCUUUUACUAAAUGACCAUACUUUGGAAGAUGCACACUAUUCGGGAUAGAGAAAUAAACAAGGGAGAAGGAAUCGCUUAAUUAAAUCAUCAUUCAUAUGUGUGUAGAGACCAUCUGGUUGCCACAUAGAUUAUGAUACAUAUACUUUGAAUAGUUACAUGUCACAUGUAUAUAGAUUAGUGAAUUUUAAAACACAAAUAGAACACCCUGUCUAUUUGAUGAAAAACUCAAGGUUUCUGUUGGGUGGGAUAAGGCACCAGGAAAAAUGUAGGUAGCCUUUUAAAAAAAUUAUCAAAUUAACCAAGUACAUUAGAAGAAAUAUCUGAGAUUAUUUCACUGUUAGUUUUACUCACUGCCCAUCUUUUGUGCAUUCACACUAUGUUAAAACAUAGCCUUACCAACCUAUUUCUGGAUCGUACACUGAAUGGACAUCUUAGAGUUUAAAAACAUGAAUAUCCUCUUGAAUUCCUUCAAAAAGUAAGGUAAAGAAUAAGAGCAAACCAUACUGGAAGAACCCAAAUAAAACAGCCCAGAUAUUUAAGUGAAAGUUAAAUAUAUUUUCCUAUUGUUGAGUAACUUUCUUAAGAUCUUUAUUGCUAUUAUGAGAGGUAAAAAUGUGUAUUUAUCAAAUAUGUAUAGUUAUUUUAUCAUGCAAAAAUCUGAAUUAUUGUAAAAGUAUUGUACAUUGUUAAAAUUGUAAUUCUGAAUUGUAUUUAAAAGUAAUUCUUUCUGAUAUUGUUUUUAUGUCACCCAUGAUGAAAAGUGGACUAUGUAUAUACAUAAACACACAAAUAUGAACUAUUCCAUUUAAAAUUCUUGAUAGUUAUUUUCUUUUGAUUGGUCAUUUCUGUUGGCUUUAACUCCACUGAACUUUGAAGUAUUUCUGUAUAUGCUAUCAAAUAAGAAAAUACCCUGGAACAUUAGAAAAAUCCAUCAAGAGACUUGCUUUCAUCAAGUGCUUUAUCAGACUUUUGAAAAGGUAUCGAAGGCAUUGAAAGAAGUAAUUGACUUUCAAGAUCAUCUCUUCUUUUUCUCAAGAAGAAAACAAAGGAAAAAGAAAUUCUCUUCAUUCAGUGAGUCCCCAGUCUGGGGUCUGGGGCGCUUAGAGACACUGUGAAAUCAAAUCUUGUGUUACAUUUUUCUCCUGGCUCACUCUUUUUGAGAAGGUUUAUGGGCUAUAUGGCUGGUGAGACACGAUCCCCUCCUAAGAAAAUGUAGGUGCUCAGACAGGUAACCUCUGCUGCUACUGUUUUUAUUUGUUUGUUUGUUUGUUUAAUUUCUUUUAUAAUUUGUUUCUGUCGUACUAGGAUAUUUUUAAAUGUAAUAUAUUGCAGGAUUUAUAACCAGGUUCACUGCUUUCUUUCUUUUUUUUUUUCUUAAACCAAACCAAACAAAAUUUCAUUUAAGAUACAUUUAGGCGCCUUUGAAGCUUGGAUUUUGGAAUGUUUCAGUAGUGGACAGAAAUCUGCUGUUGGAAUCUUCUAGUCUUCCAGGUUUAAUUUGAAAUGUUUUUAGUUUUGUUUUGGAUUUUUGUGUGGUAUUUUAUUUCCUUUAUACCAAUGCCCUUUUGCCAUGCUGUUUUGGGGUGGCUGCCUAACUCUAGUGAAAAUUCUUUCUAUAUUAACGAAAAUGUGGUGUUUUAAAUUCCUUAAUGUUUUGCAUUUUUAAAAUGGUUUUUAAAGAAAUAUUCUAACUGCUUGCACUAUUACUGUUCUUUGCCAGCCUUUUCAGGAGACAAAAAAACAAAAACAAACAAACAAAAAAAUACCCAGAGAAAAAACUUUCCUUCUUCCCCCUUCCUGAUGAUGAGUGAGAAGUAUUGAGAACUUUCGGGGUCAGUGCCCUUCUAAACUCCCCUUCCCCCAAUAAUGCAGCUGUAGAAUGAAUGGUAAAUGCAGCGGUUUGGAUUCAGGCACAGCCCCAGCCUGCUGGCAGCAGAGAAAUAAACUGGUAGGUGGCAGCAGAAGAAAGAAUUCUUCAGAUUGAUGGCUACUGACAAAAUCGGCAUAGGAGAAGAGAUAGAGCAUGACAUACCACGACAAGCAAAGGGGGCAAAAAUGGAAACAGGACUACGAUCCCUGAUCUUGACUCUUAAAUGGUUCUUUUGAUCUCACAGAAUGGAUGAAGACUGUAUGUUUUUUCAAAUGGAGGAUAGAAGUACACAGAACAAGGAAGCAGUAGCUCUAACCUGUUUAAUUCAAUGUGCUUUCUAAAAUAAAAACACCAGAACUGGAAAUGAAA